AUGCGACCGUUACUGUGCGUAUUCCGCGUAGGGUUGUCCGCCUUGUUUGCUGGCGAGAGGGGGGCGACGGCCGACGACGUGAUUCAUUUCUUAGCGGAGGCAGCACCUGAGGCUACGUCACGGCUCAUCAGGGCUGGCCUAGCCACUGCGACCCACCAUAGCUCUGGUGAUGGGACCCAAGGGCCUCAUCAGCCGCCUGCUCGACUCCAGACCUGCAUUGCCUGCCCCACUCCCCCUCCUCUCUUCCCACUCUCCUCCCCCCAGUGCCCCACGAUAGCGCUGGUGAUGGGUCCCAAGGGUCUCAUCAGCCCGCCCCACCAUAGCGCUGCGCCCCACCAUAGGAGCCCCACCAUAGCGUUGGUCAUGGGUCUCAAGGGUCUCAUCAGCCGCCUCCUCGCACCCAAACUCAUCGGGGUCUGUCCUGCAUUCGCGCUGGACAUUGGGCCCAAGGGCCUCAUCAGCCGUAAUGCACAGCGCGCUGCUCUUAGCGGCACUACGAACGAUGGUGGGGUGGAGAAUGCUACGGCUUCAUCUCAUCCUUCCGCGCCUCCUUUGCCCGUCGGGGGUGGUGGUGAUGGCGAAGGCAUACUCUCUACUUCUUCCGUGCCUACUCUGCCCGUCGGGGGUGGUGGUGAUGUCGAAGGCAUGCCCUCUACUCCUUCCGUGCCUCCUUUGCCUGCGGGGGGUGGACAUCAUGCAAACAGCAGCAUGUCAUUGCCUACAGCGUCACCGAGCACGAUGAAUGGCAUGUCAGAGGACAGCCAUCCGCGCGCGAGCGCGUGCGGGACAGUCCCCAUGCAUUGGCCUACAUCACCUAGUGUUGAUGAUAUCCCUGAGCAACGGGGUGAGUGGUGCACAGUGUCGUUCAUGGACAUACCGUCUCGGAAGAUCUUUUACUAUGUAACAACACGUAAAGGGGUGGAUGAUAAAUCGUCGGUGCGAUUGGAGCGGGUGGCAUUCGACAGAGGGGUUGAUGAGUUGAAGCUGUUGGGGUUCGAUGUGAAGGGCAUCAUCUCGGAUCAAGGGACCGCGUUUAGAGGCGCUGCGGUAGAGCUAAAGCUGGAUCAUCAGGUGGAUUGGUGGCACGUGAAGAGGACGCUGUACAAUCUCUUCUGCAAGGAGCUUCAGGAUCAGGUGCGGAUGGCUGUGGAGGUGGACAAGGCUAGCUGUGUUGAGGAGCUAUGGUUGGCUAAGGGCACCGGGGCCGCGGUUAGGGGCGGCAGGUCGAGAGGGGCCAUGGCUAGGGGCGACGAGGCCAUGGCUAGGAACAGGGCCGGGCGCUGGGCAGGUACGGGGCCGGGCGCUGGGCAGGUACGGGGCCGGGCACUGGGCAGGAACGGGGCCGGGCGCUGGGCAGGUACAGGGCCGGGUGCUGGGCAGGUAUGGGGCUGGGCGCUGGGCAGGUACGGGGCCGGGCUCUGGGCAGGUACGGGGCCGGGCGUUGGGCAGGUACGGGGCCGGGCGCUGGGCAGGUACGGGGCCGGGGCGCGGGCUAAGUACGGGGCCGGGCGCGGGCGUUAUACGGGCCGGGCGCGGGCUAGGUACGAGGCCAGGCGCUGGCGACAGACGGAGCCGGGCGCGGGCUAG